AUGCACGACGACAUGAUUAUUCCGAAGACCUAUUCCGCUGAAAAUCUGAAGAAAGGCGAAGAAAUGCGGGCAAGAAUCAAAGUGCCAAAAGAGAUUGAUUCGCCAUUCUUUUUUGCAAGAUUUCUGACUGCCAAUAAUGGCGAUGUCGAGAAGACAACGGAAAAAAUCUAUGAGCUGUUCGAGCAUCGCAAACUUCUUGGGUAUGAAAAUGCGACGGAUUUGGAGAUUUUCACAAAAGUCGAAAUAGGAAGGCAAACAUUUGAACGAUUCAAUAUUUCUCUUAUCGAUUAUGGGCGAACCUCAAACAAUGUUCACGUUUUUGUGCAGAAAAUGGAAGGAACCGACUUGAAAGAGAUCAUGAAGGUUAUCCCAUUGUCAUAUGUUCUUCAUUCGUACUACAUGCUCCAAGAGAAUUUCUCCAGAGCAAUGGCUCAUACUGAACGAGAGACAGGAAAACCAUCAUCUGUUGUAUGUAUUCUUGAUCUCAAAGGUUUGAAUCUAACCGAUUUCCUAAAUCCGCUUUCUGGGCCGGCGCAACUUGCAAGAUUGGUUGUCGAUGUGUGGGCAAGGCACUUUAGCGAGCAUCUUUGCAAACUUUUGCUGAUCAACCCACCAGGUAUCAUCUCUCUUAUGUGGCAAGUGACGAGACGCAUUAUUGACACGAAUACCGCCGAAAAACUCGCUUUUCUUAGCAGCACAGAUGAUUUGAAAAAGUAUCUCGAGGUGAAUGUUAUACCAGAAGAGUACGGCGGUACAUAUCGUGAUGAUAGUGGCUACGCGGAACCGCCAGAGAGCGUUUGUCGACCACCGAAACAAAUUAAAAAAGCUGACCAUAAGAAUCCUGAUUUGUUCUGGACUGAGUAUGGACUACUCAAGGCGCCGAAAUCAAAAUCCUUUUCAGUAAAAUCGCAUCAAUCAAUGAAGUAUUUUAGUAAAUCACAAGGAGCCGGAAAACUCGUUUGGAGUUUCACCUCCAGUGGCGACAUCGAAUUUGAAAUUUUGAAAAAAGAAUCCGGAAAAGAGUCUAAUGUCUGGCCGAAAAUUACUCUUACCAGCUUGAAGCUUCCGGAGACAGGAAACAUUGAGAUUUCGUCAGGAGAAUACAGCCUUGUCCUCCACAAUCCGUCGAACACUUGGUUUCCUGUGAAAAUCAACUGUUCAUUCGAAAUGUUUCCGAUGUAA